AUGGCGAUCACUCUAGGCUCCAUCGUCGGUCGGAUCUUUGAAGCGCUGUCAUCGAUCCGACUCGCUCCGCCGGUGCCAACGCCAUUCCCAGACCGUCUAGCUGCCCUCGAUCCAGCCGAAAGCACGAUCGACAACGACAUCUACGACACGCAGGCCUUCGACUGGUCUCGGUCAGGGCUCGAGCUUCUCAACCCGGCUCGUGUAGGGUACUUUAUGGACAAGCUGCAUCGUCGUGUAUCUUCGCUCUCACCGGACGAAAAGAGGGAGAUCACCAUUGUGGAUCUGGGUUGUGGAGCUGGGCUGGCCAUCGAAGCCAUCCACUCGGCCAUCCUCCACGCCUCUAGCGGUGAAUCUCGCGUCAGACAGACGGAUUCGGGGCUGUUCGACGGCACCACGACGUACAAGUUGAUCGGAAUCGACGUAUCCACCCGAUCCAUCGAUACCGCUCGUCAACGCGCCCUCUCGCGCUCCCUCAGCAUCGACUACGUCGUCGGCGACAUCUACUCGCUUCCCUUCGCCACCUCCUCCGUCGACGCGAUCAUCUGCUCCGACGUCCUCGAACACCUCUUCGACCUCCCCCUCGCCUUCUCCUCCAUCGCUCGCACCCUCAAACCCAACGCCAUCUUCUCCUUCGACACCAUCAACCGUACCCCCACCUCGUACUACCUCACCAUUUGGAUCCUCCAGGACAUCCUCCGAGCCAUGCAAGGAGAUGCUCACGAUCACAGGUUGUACGUCACCCCGCAGGAAGUACACGCUGUUAUGCGCAGCAACGGCUUGAAACCAGGUCCAGAACGCGAUCUUGUCGGGAUGAGACCGGGAGUCAAUUGGCCUCCCGUAGCGUUGUAUAGGUUGAUGACAGGUGCAGGGUUCAUCAAUAGCGUCUUGGCAGAGUUUCGUUUGACCAGGGAUAUGAGCAUUUCCUACUUGCAUUGGUGCGAAAAAGUCCAGACCUAA